AUGAGUUAUUCUGGAGAAUGCACUUGGAUAUCUGGGACUGGAUAAUGUGAUGACCUAUCAACUGAUUGUACAUCAUUUAGCUUAAGUGCAAUUUCAAAUGAUAAUGAUAAAUCAACCUACUGCUUGAAAAGGGUCAGCCAGGCAGGAAAUUGUGCUUGGAGAAAAGGAGAUUCAAUAAGCACAUGCAGAUCAUUUUCUUGUUUUGAUAUCGCUAAUGCUGUGAACUAAGCGACUUGUGACAAAGUAAUGAGUGGAUGUACUUAUUAUUAAAAAUAAUGUAUCAAAACUCAGUCAAAAUGUGAUUAAUAUUAUGCUUAUGGUGCAGAUGACUAUCAGAAAUUUUAUUAUUGUUAAGGGUUGUCAUAGACUACCAGCAAUUCUUAGUGUACUUAUAUCUAAGGUAGUUUAUUGUGUACUGUUAAGACAGAUAGUUGUGCCUCCUAUUCUGUGAGUGCUUUGAGUGAUGCCAACAAAUUAAAGUGGUGUUAUAUGUUGAGUGAUUCCUCCUCCAAAUAUUGUGCUUAUUCUACUGGAGGUAGUGCUUGCUAAUCGAUUACUUGUGAGUUGAUUUUAAGUGCAUCAUCACAGAAUGAUUGUGACUUGUAUUUAUCUGGAUGUUAAUAUUACAAAGGGUUUUGCUAUACUAAACCAUCUAGUUGUAGUUCAUACACUAUUCCCUCUAGAAUAACAGAUAAUGUUGCAUUCUGUUCCAAUUUUAAAAAUACAUCCAAUUAUUUUUGUUUAUAUGUGAGUGGAAGUACAUGUGCAAACCCAUAGAGUUGUGAUUAGAUUAGUGCAAUUGGAGACACAACGGCCUUAAAGUAGACUUAUUGUUAAGCAAGAAAGUCUUCAAGUGGAUAUGUUUGUACAUACUCAAGUGGUGCAUAUUGUUCGUAAGUGAGUUCAUCUUUGAGUUGCACAUACAUCACAGGAGCAAUAACAAGUUAAGAUUAAUGCUAAUCCUUUUCAUCAAAUUGUUCUUAUUAAGAUUCAACGAAGACUUGUAAUUUGACUUCUGAUCUGAAUGCUUGCAAUAAAUAUGGAGUUGGAUCCUCAACAGACGAGAACACCAAAAUAAAAUAUUGUAGAUCUGUCUUAUCAGGAACUUGUAGUUAUUAAGCUGGAGAUUCGAAAUGCUCAAAUUAAGUGACAUCUUGCAACUAGAUAUCUAUUUCAAAUAUUAAUGAUAAAUUUUAUUAUUGUGUAGCUAGAAGCAGUUCAAAUGGCAAUUGCUCAUUCGAUGACUAGAAUGAGAAUAAUUGCAGCCAGAUAAAAUGUAGUGACAUAGAUGUUCCAAAUUCAUAGAUGGAUUGCAAUAAGCGUAUGUCUGGAUGUACUUAUUAUCGAAACACUUGUUAUUCCACGCAAAACAAUUGCACCUUAUAUAAAACCUAUGGAGCUGAUGAUCUAGCUAAGAAAGAGUACUGCGAAGGCCUCAAGACUUCGGACAACCUCCUAUGUACUUUCAUUGUAAGUUUAGGAGUAUGUUCUAAUGUUGAAAGCAGUUGCUCGUCUUACGAUGUCUCUGGCGUAGUAGAUAAAGUCACUUGGUGUGAAUUAUUAAUCCAAAAUGAUGGGUAAGUAUGCACUAAUAUCAAUGAUUCUAUGAGUUGCAGUCUUAAAACCUAUAAUUGUGAAUCAAUUACAGCAACCUCUCAAGUGGAUUGCGACAAAGUUCUAUUAAAUGGAUGUAUUUAUUAUGAUUCUAAAUGUUAUAAAAAACAGAACAAUUGCACAGAUUAUGUGAUUCCUGCAAGUGUAACCAAUAAACAACUUUAUUGCAAGAAUAUGCUUGAUGGUUCAUAGAAGUAUUGUACAACUGGAUCUACUAAUUGUGCAUCACCAACUAAUGAUUGCUCUGAUAUUACAGCAAGUGGAGCUGAUAAUUCAGAAAAGAGAGUAUAUUGUAGGCGGUACAAAUCCUCGGCUGGCAAGAUGUGUGGGUAUUCAUCUGGAUUGAAAUGUGAGAUUGAACGCAACUAUUGCAGUGUGUUUACAAGUGUUACAAGUUAACAGGAUUGUGAGUUGGGAUUAGAUGAUUGUGUUUACAUUCAAAAGAGUGGGAAAUGCGUUGAAAAGUAUUUGAUCAAGGAUUGUGCCGCCAUGUUAUUCGAUUCUAGUUUAUCAAAUAAAGUAAGCUAUUGUUAAUCCUACAAUCCAAAUGGGAAUGCUUGUACUUGGAAUACAGCAACAGAUCAUUGUGAAUUGGAUACAAAACAAUGCUCAGAUUUUGAUGCGACUGGUUAAUCAGACAAGAGAGUCUUCUGUUAAUCUAAGGAUCGAUACAAUUGUUCAUGGAGGAAUGGUGACACCUCUUCAUUCUGUAGAAAAUUCAAAUGUUAAGAUGUCGAUUCAGCAUAAAGUUAAUCUGAUUGUGAUUCUAGAAUGUUUGGAUGCAAUUUCUACAUCAAUUCUUGUUUCACAUUAGAAAACAAUUGUGAUAACUAUUAUGCUUUGGGCACUGAUAAUUUGUUGAAGCAAUCUUUCUGCAACGGUAUUCCAACCAAAUCCAAUUAGAAAUGCACCUACUUAUCAGAUGAUUAUAAGUGUAGAGUAAGAGAUCAAUGUUCAACUUACAAUGUGGAAAGUUUAAGUGAUAAGGUUAGUGCAUGCUAAGGAAUGUAUAGUUCCACUGGAAUCCCAUGUAUUUAUGUUAAAGGUUCAACUUGCAAUUAAGUUGACAAAUGUGAAACUUACACUGGGUUGUCUGAUUUGAGUGAUUGCACUAAAUUGUUAGAUGGCAACAACAGAUUUUGUCUUAAAGGCUAAACCACAUGUCAUACCUUCACUUGUGAGGAUAUCAGUGAUCCCAAAUCUCUAGUUGAUUGCGAUGCCAAAUUAAAAGGUCUAUGUUAUUUCAAUACCACUAAUUCUAAAUGUAUAACUCUCUCAGAUUGUUCCACUUAUAAGAAGAGUGAUUGGCCAUCUGAUGCAGACCCUAUCAAACAUUGUAGCACUCUUAUUGAUAAGAACGGACAUCAAUGUACUGCUGAUAGUGCAACCAGCACAAAUUGCAGGGAGAGAUUGUGCAGUGAAAAAUUAUUCUAUUUGAAUUCGGAAUGUAAAGAAUGGAAAUCAUCUUGCAAAUCUGAUGGAUAAAAAUGCAUUGAGUCCACUCAGGAUUGUUCAUAAUACUCUGGAGACAAAGAUUCGUGUAUCAAAUAUUUAGAUUCUGAUAAUCUCAAUUAUUGUAAGGUUAUUGCUGGUUCUGAUCAAGAUACUGGACCAUGUUCGACAUUGUCUUGCUAUUAGAAUACUACAGCAACAUCCGAUUCAGAGUGUCAAUCAUUUUAAAAUGGAUGUGUGACCAAAGGAGUUGGAUGUAUAGAAAAGACUGCUAAAUGUGAUGAAUAUAGAGGAACCAGAGAUCAAUGUUCCAAAUUUCAAGGAUAUGUGUCGAAAACGUUAACAGAGUUCUGUUCAGGAGAUGCAACAAAUACUGAAUUAUCCAAAUGCAGAUCUAGAAUAUGUUCUGAUAACAUGACUGAUAAUAGUGACAUUCAAUGCUAGUAUUUUAAAAGUGGAUGUGUAACAAAUGGCAAGGGGUGUAUUGAUAUUACUGCUAGUUGUAGUAGUUAUAAGGGUACUCAAGAACAAUGCAGUAAGUUCAUGGGCAAUAAUAGGACUGUUUAUUGUUGGAAUGAUUUAGAAGCUACUAGCGAUUAAAGGUGUAUUGAAAAACAAUGUAAUCACAUCAAUGGUAUUACAAAUGAACAAUGUGAACUAGCAUUUCCAAAAGUGUUGAUUCAAGAUAUUUAGACUCUACUUUGUGUUAGUAAUGGUCAAAAUUGUAUCAGUAAUCCUGCUAAAUGUGGUGAUUUUACUGGCAACAACAUAACGUGUUAGACAUUCACAGCACUUAUCGAUGGACCAUGUAAAGGUAGUUCAGAUAACUCCAUUGGAUAGUGUUAACCUAGACAGUGUUACGAAGCACCAAAAUCAUAUAAUACUGAUGCAUAGUGUUAUGAUUAUCAUCCUACUUGUUUAACUACAGGAUAAGGAUGCAUGAAAUUUUAAUCAUAGGAUAAGUUUGGAAAACCUACUCUAAAUUGCAAUAGUAUUGUUAACAACGAUGUGUGUACCCAAAAACUUGGUUGCGCUCUUGCCAGCUAAUGUUUAGUAUUGGUUUCAUCAUGUUCAGCAUUAACAUCAUAAGCAAUUUGUCAAACAACCACCCUUUCAAAUGGAACACAAUGUGUAUAUGAUUUGUCAAUAAAUAAAUGCAGGGAAAUCUAAUGUUCUGAUUACGUUGGCAUUAGUGAUAAUAAUACCUGCCAGAAUUACGGAAGCAAUUGUACCACCAAUGGGAAUGGCUGUGAAAUAAUGAAAUCAUGCGUCUUAUAUAAUGAAAAACUAACAUGUUAAUCCGCUUAUUCCACAGAUCCAAUUAAUAGAUGCACAUGGACUGAUUAGGGAUGUAGAUAGAGAGAAUGCAAGGAUUUCAAAGGAAUCACUAAUUCAUCCUGCAAGUCAUUCUUACAAGGAUGUAUUACAAAUGGCUAGAAUUGCAUAGGACCUAAUUAUUCGUGUUCAGAUCUCAUUUAGAAAACCUGCUUGACAGAUUAUUCAGGGAAUCCUUGUAUCUUCUAUAAUAAAUAAUGCCUUUCCUACUCAAAAUGCGAAGACCUGAAAUUCACAACUCAUGAUUAAUGCUAAUCAUUCUCAGAGCUCUGCACUUCAAAUAAACAACACUGCAUUCCCUUAAAUAAGUGUGAAAAUUAUACUAGCUAAGUAUCAUGCAUCAUAGGAGUUGAUGGGAAGUGUGGUUGGAUUAAUGAAAAAUGCAAGAUCUUUCAAGGAUGUUCUAAUGUUGCAGGAUCAUCAAAUACUAUUUGUUAACAAUAUUCUAACGCUUGUAUCAGCGAUGGAGUCAAAUGUGUGGAAUAAAACCUCUGUUCCUUAUAUAAUUAGUAAUUUCUAUGCGAGAAUAACAAAGGAUUAGAUGGCGAUUGCAUAUGGACUGAUAAUGCUUGUUGUUUGAAACAGUGCGAGGAUUUGAAAACCAACACUGACACAUUCAAAAAAUGCUAUGAUCAAUUAAGCCAUGUUAAAUGUUCUAGUAAUGGUACCAAAUGUAUAUCUCUAACUUCGUGUGAGUACUAUGAGGAGAAGUCUUGCAUAUUGGGUUCAGACGGGCCUUGCAUUUACAAAUUACCUCCUGAUUAGAGUUCAGGUUAAGUCAGCUGUCGUUUAAAGGAGUGCUAAGAUGUUACAGGCAAAACCUCUGAAAUCUGUAAGUCAGCCUUCGAUUCUGCAUAAAAGAUAUGCAUUUCAAAUGGAUCAAUGUGCAUUGAUAUUAACUACUGUUCAUCUUACACUACAAAAGUUGCAUGUGCUUCAGGAGGCAUAGAUGGGCAGUGUGCUUUUGUGCCUAGUGCUUCUAAAGCAAAUGAUGGUGUAUGCAAACUAUUCACAUAAUGUUCAGACGCAGAUAAUGACAAAGAUGUCUGUCUCUCAAACUCAAAAUAUUGUUAGUGGGUAUCAACAAGUGUAAAGAAGUAAUGCAUUCCUCAUACAUGUCUUACUUACAAUACAAAAAAUGAUUGUACUCCUGUUCCCAGUUUUGAUUAAAAAUCAUAUCUUCUUUGUGCUAAAGUCAAAAACAUAUGUUAAGAAGUCUAGCCAACUACAUUGACUAUGGAAACCUGUUACAGAUAUAGUGCCCAAACCUACCUUUGGAAUAUAACAACAUCCCAAUGUGUACAAUGCAAACUUUAAGUUAGCAAUAAUGUUACGAAUAACUAAACGGGUUCCAUCACCGAUUCCUCUCAUAUGCUAUUUACUUUUGCACUCGUAUUCAGUUUGUAUUUCUGA